AGGCCAGUUGGGGUGUAUUCGGUGUGAGAGCUGGCAUCAGGUCAAGCUCCGCUCAAGAGAUUUAAGAAGACCUUGAGAAUGCCUCAUUACAAGGAAGGUAAUGCCUCCUACCUCCUUGCCAGGGAGUAAGGAGCCUGGUAGGCUGCUUCAGUCUCAGCAGGGCCAGAAGCUGAGUUACCAGUCUCAUAGGAGGGAUGACAACUGGAACAAGUGGUUCCUGUCUCCUCUGCUCCCUCUUUGCACCACCGUGCCUUCCUCACAGCCAGGCGGAAAGCUCUCGUGGCAGCUGGGGGCGAGCGGUGGUUGUGCCCAAGAGGAGCUUCACCGAUGACCUGAGCCCCAGGGGAGGCACACGGCAAUGGACGUGGGACCUGUACAGCAGGCACGACCAGGUUCCCGAGGGGUUUCCACCCGGACAGCCGGCCCUCAACUCGGCCCCGCGCCGCAACGUCAGGCGCACCCGACCUGCCGCCGUUCUCGCGAGACCUGCGCGCGCCCGAGGAGCGGGAUUGUCCCGCCCCGCGUUGCCAAGCGACCAGAGCCCCGCCCUCCCGUGCGGCGGUCGGGGCGCGGCGCGCAGUCGCAGCGGCGGUUCCCUCUAUAAAAGGGUCGCGCGCGGGACUCGGCCUGUAGCCGGGAAGAUGUCGCGCUACGGGCGUUACGAGACCAAGGUGUACGUGGGGAACCUGGGCACGGGCGCGGGAAAAGGCGAGCUGGAGAGAGCCUUUAGCUACUAUGGGCCCCUGAGAACCGUCUGGAUCGCGAGGAACCCACCGGGGUUUGCCUUCGUGGAGUUUGAAGACCCAAGAGAUGCUGAAGAUGCUGUGCUCGGCCUCGAUGGGAAGAUAAUAUGUGGCUCCAGGGUUAGAGUGGAAGUGUCAACGGGGAUGCCUCGUCGCUCCCGUUACGACAGGCCUCCUGCACGGCGCCCCUUUGACCCCAAUGACAGAUGCUAUGAGUGUGGUGAGAAAGGCCACUAUGCUUAUGAUUGUCACCGCUAUAGUCGCCGAAGGAGGAGCAGGUCCCGGUCUAGAUCCCGCUCGAGGUCCCGAGGAAGAAGGUAUUCUCGGUCACGCAGUCGGAGUCGUGGUAGGAGAUCAAGGUCAGCUUCCUACCGCAGGUCCAGAUCAAUCUCUCCUCGUAGGUAUAGAUCAUUUUCACCCCGCAGAUCUCGGUCUGGUUCUUUAAGGAGAUCAAGAUCUAGGUCCAGAUCACGCUCAAGGUCCCGGUCUGUUGUAUGGCCUCGAAGCAGGUCUGGGUCCCAUGGUAGAUCUAAAUCUGGCUUACCUGCUAAAAGUCGCUCAAAGUCCAGAUCACCAUCUCCAAAGAGAAGUCAUUCACCAUCAGGAAGCCCUUGAAGGAGUGCAAGUCCUGAAAGAAUGGAUUCAAAUUUAAAAAGUUUAAGAAGAAAAUUUAUUUUGUUUACAUCAUUAUAAGGGAUUUUGUGGUGUCUUUAUAAAUGUAAGGGCUUAGUCCUAGAAGGCUGUUUCUAUUGACUAACGAUUGGCAUGAAUCUGGAUCUUUUAAAAGUCUUAUUAGCAGACUAAUGCAAAACUCUUUUGUUGUGUUAAUGUUCUGUGAUCUGGAAAUGUUGGGCUUUUUUAUUGGCGCAUUGAAAUAAACUGUGCAUUUCUAAAGAAGAAA